AUGCUGGUGAGCUUGGGAUUCUCGGAAGAGCUCCUAUCAAGGCCAAUGAAGGCACUGUCUGGAGGAUGGAGAGUGCGCGUUGCUCUCGCUGCUGCUCUAUUUGCAAAGCCCGAUAUCCUACUGCUGGAUGAGCCGACGAACCAUCUCUCGAUUGAUGGCGUGCUGUGGCUGCAGCGAACUCUUGCUACCUCGAUGGUGUGGAAGAGCAGGAUCGUCGUCGUCGUCUCGCACGACCGCAUGUUUCUAGAUGCUGUCUGCACCGACAUGCUGCACAUCAGCGGCAUAGCCCGACGUCUGACCCACCACAAGGGCAACUACAACGAGUAUGAAGAACGAAGGAAAGAAAUGCAGGCGACAUACGCCAAGGUCGAAGACGAGCCUUCUCUUCUCUUCUCUUCUCUUCUCUUCUCUUCUGCUCUUUUUGUUGCUCGUUAA